AGCACAAAACACUUCAAAAGAAAUUAAAAAAAAAACAUCUUGAUUAGAAAACAAAAAGGAGAGACAUAAAGAUGAAUGCUAAAAAUAUUCUUGUGCUUCUCUUGAUUGGAGUUGUGUGUGCCACUGUUGGUGCAAUUAGGCAGCUCAAAGAAGGAUCCAAAGAGACCGAAUUAGGCGUCUCUAUUCCCAAAGCUACCAAAGGCGCUGAGUUUACUGUUACUAUUUAUACUCAGUCUAUCGGUGAUGGCAAUGGCUAUGGUGAUGCUAAAAUAAAGGGUCGCAAAGGUGCCAGCAGCAGUGCAAAUGGAAGCGGCUAUGGAACUACCAGCGGAUUUGUCAUUGCGAAGGGUCCCAACGCAACAGCUUUUUCUAUGAGUACUGCUUUUGGUCGAGGCCGUGCUAAUGCUGCAGCCGGUCGCAAAGGUGCCACCGCCAAAGGAAACGGUGCUGGAGGUGGCACCACUGUUACAUAUGGCAGCACCGGGCCUAAACCGUGAGAGUUGAGGAUUUCAAAAACUUUUAUAAAUGUAAUUAUGUAAG